CUAUAAGGAGAAAGAACAAGAACAAGAAAUCAAAAUUGAAGGAGAAUCUCAGAUGGGCAGGAGAGUCCCAGAGAAGAGGAUUAACUCUUGUUCCAAACAGCAUCCCACCAUGUUAACCUCUGGUGCUCUCUUCCUUCUCCUGACCGUGUUGUCCAAGAGUUGGCUGACGACGGAAGCUGCAGAUCCCAAUUGUUCCGGUGUGGCUGAUCUUGAUGAUUGUCCAGGCAAUACAAGUGAUUUCUGCCCAGAAGGAGUUGCCUGUGGUUGUAAAGAUCAAAUUCCCUUUUGCAAGUGCCCUUCCUACCAAAAUGGCUGGAAAAAUUACUGGUACAUGGGUGUCAAAUGCGAGGAGCUUUGGAGCACUUUGGACUUGAUUUUAGUUGUGGUUUUCCCCGCAGUGGCUUUGUCUUUUGCAGCUGCUGUCACAACACAGUGGGUCCGGUAUUGCAAGGACAAGCCAGAGAAAGAAGCCAAGCGAAACCGUACUCAGGCAAGGCAGCUGAGACCUGAACCACAGCAUAAUUCAGAAUAUGCUCCUAAACUGGCCAAUAGGCUGAGAUCUGCCUCUUAUUCACAAGGAAGACAGGAUGAUAUUAAAUUCCCCAGGUACCCUCUCCAAAGUUACCCUCAUGAACAAAUACAGUCACCAUAUGCUGGAGACUACAGUCAGAUGCCUCACCAGCCAUUGAGAAGAGCUGUUCCAAGCCAAGAUGAUGUUUUUGUGGGUCAGUCUUUCCAAGCUGGCCAGCUUCACUCUUGGGAGAGUGAGGUGCCUGAUGUGGAUUAUGAAGACAUAAACCCAUUUUCUGCUAUGCCCAUGCAACGAUUUCCUAGACCCGGGGCAUCAGUGGUACCUCGGCCUGAGCUCCAGAAGUAUGGCCAUCAACCAGUGAAUUACCUGAAUGGUCAAAGAGCUGGAAGGCCCUAUGGGAUUGGGCACCAGCAGGAUAGAUACACCUAGGAACUUUUAAUAAAUAUGGGAAACAGGUGCAACUGCAGAAUCGUCCUCCAUUGUUUGGUGCAGCCUUUUAUGGGUGCUCUCUUACCUCUAGCUUUCUCCAUGAGGACUUUAUCGCAAGCUACAAUCAAUGAAUACAUAGCUAUCAAGAUGCAGCAAAUAUUUAAUCAGCACAGCCCUUAAAAUGAGAAAUCUGUUCAGGCAGCAUCUUCCAUAUUUAAUAAAUGAACCUACCAAUCCA